AUCUCAAGUUUUUCCUUUCUAAUGCUCACGAAGGUUGCCAGUACUGGACUUCAGCGAGCGGUACCAAGAGCUUUUUGUACGGCAGUUGAGCAGUUACACGCAGCUGGUGUUGUGAAGGAGCCGAAGAAAGAAAGGGAAUUUGCAAGGCUGAGGGAUGGGGAGGAGACCUUUGAUGCAGAGGAGACUAGAAGGUCCAGUUUGUGGUGGCAGGCGAUCGGUCGGAACGCCACCGUCACUCGCCAGGAAAUGUAUAUGGAGUAUAAGCAUUCACUGAAGUCGUUACGGUCACUACUCGACUACUACGACAUAGCUGUGCCGGCUGAGCACGAGAUCGAUCUCGAGAAGUCCGCGGCGAGUGUCGGCCUUGCACUGCCGAAAACUCUCGGCUAGUGAGUUUCUGGG